CCAUCUGUAAAUAAAAAAAGAAUCUGGCAAUUUCACUUUAGUUUAACCAAAGACAAUAUAACCUAUUCUUUCUGAAAAACCAAGCUCUGUCAAGCUGAGGCGCAACAAUGACGAACUCUAAGGGCUAUCGUCGUGGUACGAGGGAUUUGUUCGCUCGCAAAUUCCGCACACAUGGAACCAUCCCUCUUUCCACGUAUAUGAAAGUUUACAAAGUCGGCGACAUCGUUGACAUUAGGGGUAAUGGUGCAGUCCAGAAGGGUAUGCCUCACAAAGCGUACCAUGGUAAAACCGGCCGUGUGUACAACGUAACAGCCCAUGCUCUCGGAGUUAUUGUUAACAAGCGGGUGCGCGGAAGAAUCAUCCCCAAGAGGAUUAACAUCCGCAUUGAGCAUGUUAAGCACUCCAAGUGCCGUGAGGAUUUCCUUAAACGUGUAAAGGAGAAUGAGAGGCUACUCAAAGAGGCCAAGGAAGCCGGAAAGGUUGUGAACCUCAAGAGACAGCCACAGCCUCCCAGAGCAGCACACAUCGUUAAGGGUACCGAGAAACCAGUUUUACUCGCCCCCAUCCCCUACGAGUUUGUAGCUUAAAGUGAAAUAAACUAUAUUUAAGUA